UUUUCCAUUCAUAGUACAUAAUGGGCAGUAAACCGAGGUUUUUUGUUUAACUAAUUUCUUGUGUGAUUUCCUUUGAAUACAUAAUCAUGAGCAUGAAACACAUCUACAAAGAUGGAAGGUUUCAAUUUUGAGAUUGUGCUACUAUUUAUAAGAUUUAGGGUCUUGAGAAGUAAUAGAUUCCCUCAGUCAAAGAACAUAUUAAUGGUGGAUAGUAAAGCAAGAGAGCUUCAUGAAUAACUGAAGUCUUCUAAGAGCAGGAUUUCCCUAUAAUCCUAAAUCAAAAGCAUGCAAAAGAUCUAGAAAGAUGUGAGUUUCGGUUUUGAGGUUCGAAUGAUGUUCAUAAGAUGAACGGCUCCAAGGCGUACUGAAAAUUAUAUGAAGAUAGUUCCCUCACUUAUUAUAGAAAGAUCUGUCAAGUAUUGUACCUGUAUAGCGAGCGUUAUAACUAACCUAUUUUUGGUGAAUGAGCAGGUUCGAUUAUGAUUACGAAAAAAUGUUAUCGAGAUGUGAAAUUACUAGUUUAGAUUUGAAUACUAAUUUCACUACAACUCAGAAAUGUGACUAACCUUCAAAAAUCGACUGUUAUUUAGAAUAAGGACCAGUUUUGGGAUGAGGCCUGUUGUGUAUUUUCGGAAGUUCUACUACUAAACAUAAAGUUCUACAACUGAACAUAAUGGAUCAAAUUAAAACAUGAAGUGUCUUCUAAUUCAUAUGGGAAAGGCUCUUUCACAUUUGACCUGAAUAAUGCGUCAUCCUCAAACAUAAGUGAGAGAACAAAAGCACUAGACUCUAAGAAAGUUGAAAAAUAACUAAAUGAAGUGUAACUUCCACUGCCAUUUAAAAGAAGAUAGUAAGAAUAAUAUAGAAACUACUAGUAGAGAAAUAGAAAAGGAUCACUACGUGCCAGCAAGGGAUAUGAAAUCAUCAUUAUAGGAAACCGUAACAAUUCUCCGCCAAUCAACAAGCUCUGUGAUGUGCUCAAGAACUAAUAGAAUCACCACUAGAUACCGACGUCUCCUCAAUUUGCGUCACCCACGAAACAGUCCUCCAAUCACGCGACGAAACUCAUUAGACCGCCAUUUUGGUUAAUCUAUAAUGACCAAGACUGGACUACAAUCAGUGUUUGUGUGUUGUAAAAAUCAUUUGAGUCCAAAAAACCCCCCACCACUCAUUAAUUGUUUGGGACUAACAGACUGCAAUUCAAAUUCCAAAACCUUGUCAACGUUUGCCAGAUUCAAGAGCAGACAAGUUACCAAUAUUCCCAGUGGAUUGAAUAGGGAAUCGGGUGAGAUUUGUGUUACUUCCGGUGAAUAUCACGUCGUUUCCACUAAAACCCCGAAUACUUCCAGUCAAUCUCAUGAUAAAUUACUUUCCAAUAAACUCAGUGCAACUUCUAAACAAUUGGUGACUACUCCAAGACUAAGUCAGUCCACUUUCAGUGAAUCUUGUGUCUUCUCUAGGUUAAUAAGUGAUAGUUUUUAUGAACAUUCAUCAGCAUCCACAGUGUCUUCUGUUUCUACAAAUCAAAUCCUAUCUUAUUUGGCUCAAUCAGGAACAAUCAGAAAAUUCUUAGUUACUACUGGACAAAUUUGUUCCACAACAAAACAAUUUUCCAUCACUUCCAGUAACCUCUAUGUAACUUCUGAAAAAUUUACUCCCCCAUCCAGUAGAUCUUGUGCCAUUAAAAGGCAGAUUUGUCAACCUGGUAACUUUCCUGAAGCCUCCAGACAGAACUGUAUCAAUCUAAGUUGUUCCCAUAACAGUUCAGGUGAACCCAGUGAUAUAUCUGAAUUUCCUUCUUUACCUAGCAUAGUCUAUGUGAGUUCUGAACAAUUUCUCACAAGAUUUGAACAAUAUUCCACACACUCUAAUAAAUCUCAUCUAGUGAUUCCCGGUCAAGACUGUGAAACUCCCUUGAAUAAAUCCUGUGCAACUCCCAGACAAGUUCGUGUUAAUUCUUGUCAAUCAUGUUCAACUUCUGGUAAAUCUCAUGUUAUUUCUGGACAGUUCAAAUCCACUUACAGUGAACCUUGUGCCACUACUGCAAAACCUUGUGUACUUCUCAGACAAUUUUGUACACCAGACACUUCUAACAAAUCUCAUGCAACUUUUGGUCAAUUGUGUAUAAUUCCCAAACAAUUUUGCGCUAUUUCCGGUCAAUCUCGUGCUACUUCAGGUCAAUCUCGUGCUACUUCCGGUCAAUCUCGCGCUACUUCCGGUCAGUCUCGCGCUACUUCCGGUCAGUCUCGCGUUACUUCCGGUACAAUCCCCUCCACUUCCGGUGUGCUUUGUUGUGCGUGUAGCAGUGUGUUGUUGAGUGCGUUCAGUUGCAAUGACGACGAUCUACUUUCGGGGGCGAUCAGGAUUGUCCAAUGACAACAUCAGCACGUCGGCUGAUGCAGAGUCUCACCGGGGGGCGGCGACAGUCGAACCCGGGAGACGGGGCCAGUCAGGUCGGGGGCGGCAGCUCGUCGUCGACUAGGCUGGUGUUCAGCGGAGGCGGCAGCGGAGGCGGCGGUCACGAGCUUGACGAGAUUGCCAUUGUGUCGAAUGCCACCCCCGGUCAAGUCAAGUAUGGCAGUGGUGGACUCACCGCUAAUGGACCACGUCUUGUACCUGGAAUCAUCACCUCGUCAGGCCGGACAGUGGGAGAGCGCUUGAGUGCCAGUGGCACCCGAUUAGACUCUGGGAGUCCCCUGGCUGGCACCAAAAGCAGCACAGAAUCACUCAAACCCAGCAAGACAUUCAAGUCCAUUUCCAGACAGAGUCUGCUCGACAUUGUCUCGUGUAGGCUUGGCGUCAAUCGCUCCAAAUACAACCAGCGCUACUUUGGGGCGUCGCGCGACUCGCUGGCGGCCGCUUACAUCAAUCGCGCGGCUGCUGUCUCCUCGACGGCUUCGGAAUUGGAUCUUAGUCGAAAGGUGCGGAGAAGAGACUUGAGAGGUGGUGGAGGGGUAGUAGGAGGAGGAGGAGGCCGCCUCAAGCUGCCCGGCGGGGGGGCCCAGUGGGGGGGCGAGGGGGGAGGAGUUGGGGGGGCUGCUCGCUCCUCAGCAUCCACCAACACACAGCUCAACGGUUCACUCGCCAGGAUAUCCACUCCUGAUAGGAGCAGUAAUAGACAAGGCAGUUACUCAGGGCGGUCGCGUACGGGACCCCACUGGAGUUUUGUGUUUGACCCGGCGGGUCGACUCUGCUAUUACUGGUCUAUGGUCGUUUCACUUGCCUUUCUCUACAACUUCUGGGUCAUCAUCUAUAGAUUUGCCUUUCAGGAGAUCAAUAGAGAAACGUUACUGGUGUGGUUUUGCCUAGACUACCUGGCCGAUCUGUUGUACAUAUUCGACAUAAUGUUCCACUUCCGCACCGGCUACCUGGAGGAUGGUGUCCUGCAGACUGACUCCACAAAGUUGCGCACGCAUUACAUGAACUCCACCACCUUCUACAUCGACUGUCUCUGUCUGCUUCCGCUCGACUUUCUCUAUCUCUCCAUCGGAUUCAACUCGAUACUCAGGUCGUUUCGACUCGUCAAGAUCUAUAGGUUCUGGGCGUUCAUGGACCGCACCGAGCGGCACACCAACUACCCGAAUCUGUUCCGAUCGACGAGUCUGAUCCACUACCUGCUGGUGAUCUUCCACUGGAACGGCUGUCUGUAUCACAUCGUCUACAAGAACAACGGCUUCGGCAGCAAGAACUGGGUGUUCGGCGACAGUGAGUCGGCCGAUGUCGUCAAGCAGUACCUGCAGAGCUACUACUGGUGCACGCUUGCACUGACCACCAUUGGCGACCUGCCGCGACCUCGCAGCAAAGGAGAGUAUCUGUUUGUCAUCCUGCAGCUGCUCUUUGGUCUCCUGCUGUUUGCCACUGUGUUGGGUCACGUGGCCAAUAUUGUCACCAGUGUCAGCGCAGCCAGGAAGGAAUUCCAGGAUGGUUCCACACGAACCAAACUGGACGGCGUGAAAACGUAUAUGCGCAUGCGCAGAGUGCCUAAUCACCUACAGGUGAAAGUGAUCAAGUGGUUCGAUUACCUGUGGCUCACACAAAAGUGCUCAGACGAGGAGAAGGCUGUCAGUUGUUUACCUGAUAAACUGAAAGCAGAGAUUGCCAUCAACGUUCACCUGGACACGUUGAAAAGGGUGGAGAUAUUCCAAAACACGGAGGCUGGCUUCCUCUGCGAACUGGUUCUCAGGCUUAGGCCAGUACUAUUCUCUCCAGGCGACUAUAUUUGUAGAAAAGGAGAAGUAGGCAAAGAGAUGUACAUAGUGAACCGAGGCCGGCUUCAGGUGGUGGCUGAUAACGGGCGAACGGUGUUGGCCACACUCAAGGCAGGCUCCUACUUCGGAGAGAUCAGUAUACUGAACAUGGGCACAGCAGGUAAAAAGCUCGGAAAUCGAAGAACGGCCUCAGUGAGAUCAGUUGGCUACAGUGACCUGUUUGUCCUUUCAAAAAAGGACAUGUGGGAUGUCCUGAAGGAAUAUCCUGCAGCCAGGGUGAGAUUAGAAGCCAUAGCCGUCAAGAGACUCGAGAAAUACAAGCGGGCGCCACUCGAAAAAGUGAGAGCAGGACAUAUAGCUAUACCUAUAGAUUUCCCCAGAGAUGUAUCCGCUUCACCGUUUAAUCGCAGAUUUAUGACGAGGAGAGCUGUUUCAAUGGUUAAUCUCCCGGCGAUGGGGCGCAGCCAGUCGACCCCGGGUCUGGUGGAGACGAAGGGGCGCGUCCCCCUCGAGGAGAUGUGGGUGUCCCCCCUGGAGCCCCUCCAGCUGUCCGUGACUGCCAGUCAGUAUUGCACAAGUGCCACUACCACACCCUACGGCAGCCAUCUUACUGCCAGCACCCCGUUCAGUCCUGUUAAUAGUCCUAUUCCACAGCCGUUGUUGCCCAUAAGACAAAAUCUAUUAGGAAACGAAUUUUCUCCGUCAAUGGCGGAAGUUAGUAAGCAACAAUUGCAGCCGCCUGGACCAAGUAUAGGCGGACCUCCGCCCGACAUGAUAAGCCAGGAUGCCUUUAUAGCCGAAAUCAAACGACUGCGAGAGCGACUCGUCACCUUAGAAACCGAAAACGCUUCGCUCAGCAUGAAACUGAACCAGCAACAGUGGGAGGUUGAGCACCGGCUGGCUGAAAUCGAGAUGCAGAUUUGCGGAGCGAGCAGUGCAGACAGCAGCGCGGAAGACAACGAGCGGAACCGCGAGUCGAUCAUUUAACAGAGACGGACCUUGAGCGAGUGCCACACCGUCGGCUGUCUGCUGCAAACGGUGCUCGCCGUCUGACAACCACUGCAACAUGCUGCUGCUGCGACAAGUUGCCGUCAACUGCCGUCGUUGCAUGGUAUCGCAACAAGUUGCCGUCAACUGCCGUUGUUACACGAUACCACAACAAGUUGCCGUCAAACUGUUAUAAUAGUCUUCUCGAAAUUCUCAACAAUUUAGUCGGUGCAACGUUGAUUGAACUAGAAACUGUACAAGUGGAACAAUUUGCGUUGAAACAAAAAUGUAUUGCAACACGCUGUUGCAACAAGCCACCGAAUAAAGCUUAUAUUAUGUGGAAUGUAAAUAAUUGGUCCAUGAAACAAUAAGCGGCAAAUUUAUUGCAACAUUUUGGUGCGACAUGCUGUUGCAACAAGGCACCAACUAAAUAUUUCAAGUGGACUGUGAAUUAUUGAUCUAGGAAACAAUAAGCGUUGAAUCUAUUGCAACAUAUUGUUGACUCAUGUCAUUAUGACUGUUGUAUCUGAAGUAGUCUUCUCGAAUACAAACGUCAAAUUUAUUCAGAUCAAUUCUGUGGAACUGAGAAACUAUAAGUGUUGAAAUGAACAUUAUUUGUUGUUGAAUAACAUGCUGCAAGACUGCAUGCUAUCGCAACAAGUUAUUGUGGGACUUGUGUCGAUUUUAUGCUGUUGUAUCUAUCUAUAAUAAUCCACUCGAAAUCCAACUCUUUGUCGAGUUGCUGGAUCAUGAAUUGAUCUGAAAACUAUAAGUGCAAUGUGAUGACUUUUCAAAUUGAUUUAGAAAGUAAUUGGUGUGGGAAUGGAAAUGUUUUGCUGUAUGGUAGGUAGCACGCUAUAAC